GUAAGGACAGUGGACCAUACAACACUACAACCUCUGAAAUAUUCAAACUAUCAUCUUCAAUUUUUUGGUUAAAAUAUCACAAAUUUCGCACCCCAAUAAAUUAAAAAUUAAAUUAAAUUAAUCAAAAUCUAGGACUUUUGUGAUUUUGGGUAUUUAGCAAGUUAAACAUCAUUUGUUUUCAGGUGGUUCUUCAUCUUCUUCGGAUCUUGCAAACUCAAAGACUGGGAAAUUUCUUUUAUUCUUUAAGCGGCUAAUGGGUCAGAUUUUGGACAAAAUCCAAGGUAAGGAAUGGAGGAAGAAAAAAAUCAGGAAGAUAACAGACAAAGUGUUUGAUCGUGUACAGACUCAGACUGGAAAUGUCACACUGUCGUUUGAAGAGCUGUAUAUAGCUGUCCUGAUAGUUUACAAUGAUAUCAACAAGUACUUACCAGGGCCACACUUUGAUCCUCCGUCAAAAGAUGAAGUCAGAGGCUUGAUGGAGAAGUGUGACAUCAAUUUGGAUGGGGGAAUCAACCGAGAUGAAUUUGUGAAAUUCAUGCUGGAGUUAACUGCUGACACAUUUAGCACGGUGAGCCAGGGACUGAUCAUCAGUCUGGUGGUGGCACCAACAGUAGCUUUAGCAACAAAGAGGGCAACCGAAGGUGUCCCAGGCGUGGGGAAAGUGGUGCAGAAGAUGCCUAAUUCAAUUUAUGCAUCCCUUGUUACUCUUGCUGUCGUUGCAAUCCAAAACGCUACCCAGGGAUACUGAUGACUAGAGUUUGUCAAUAAUAUAUCAUUGGCCUUGCUUGUUCAUGUAAUACAGGAACUAUACAUAUUAUUUUUCCAUUUUUCCAUCUAUAUCAUCUUCUCUCAGCUUUAUCUAAAGCUUGUGAGGGGAUUCAUGAUGUUGAAAGCAUAAACAGUAACCAUUGUUGUAAGAACUAACAAUUUGUUGCGUGCUGUCUAAUGUUUCAGCUUAUUAAUUAAUCUGCAACCUGUCUAAAUUUCAUCGUAA